AUGUCCUCUCAACCACUCCUCCAAACCGCCCCAGGCAAAAGAAUCGCCCUCCCCACACGCGUCGAACCCAAAGUCUUCUUCGCCAACGAGCGCACCUUCCUCUCAUGGCUGAACUUCACCGUCAUCCUAGGCGGUCUCGCCGUCGGUCUGCUGAACUUCGGUGACCGCAUCGGCCGCAUCUCCGCCGGUCUGUUCACCGUCAUCGCCAUGGCCGCCAUGAUCUAUGCGCUGGUGACCUUCCACUGGCGCGCGCAGAGUAUUCGCAAACGAGGCCAGAGUGGGAUUGAUGAUCGCUUCGGGCCGACCAUCCUCGCUAUGGCGCUUUUGGCGGCCGUCGUGGUGAAUUUUGUGUUGAGGAUGGUGGAGUGA